CGGCUAACACAAGGAGGAAAUGUAGGCAGGAGCAUGUGACUGCAGUUGUUCUCCCAAACACAGGCUGACUAAUUGACUUGGGGUGGAUUUUGUCUGGGCAAACGUGUGAAACAGGACACUGGAGGAUUUCUGGACUUUCUUGAAUCCUGAUAAGUUUUGUGGUUAUUGCUGUGCUCAAUGCAAAUAGGAUUGAUUCAAUUUGAAUCCAGCUGAACUUUAUUGGUGAUUUGGCUGCAAAUCUUAGCUGCUUGCUAUUACUUCUGUGUAAUAGACUGAGUGAGAGUGAAUGUGGGAGGAGAUGUUAUUUGCAUGUGUUUUCUGUCACGAUAUUUCAUAGUGUGAUGAAGUGCAUGUUUUACACCUGCUGCUGACAUAACAACCUGGUAUUUCCUGUCAGUAUGGUGUUGCUGGUACGUGGCAUUGGAGGAGUGUGUUGAUGACUCCUCAAAAUGUGCUAUCGCCGCUGGGUUUGUCAGACAGGGAUACACUCAGAGAAAGACAGAGACUGAAAGAAGGAACAAGAAAGUGAGAAACAGAAAGGGCAGUCCAUAAACACUAGAACGCUUGGAUAAACGUAGUAGUAUAUUAACUCAUCCUCUAGACUCAAUAAAGAAAUGAGAUAGAGGGUAGAGACCUUUACCUCUAUAGGAUCAUCAACUCACAAGAUAGACAAUAAAAGCCAUCAGAUAUCGGGCUUUGGCACUGCUUUGAAACAAUAGGAAUUUACAAGUGAUACACAUUAUGUUCACCAUGAGUUCGACUAAGAGAUUGUUAUCUCCACGCCGCUCUAAACUUUACAUCGUGGAAGGGGACUCCCAGGGUCCAGAGACGGGCACACACAAAGACAGCUCAUUCAGCCAGACGCCUUACCUGCGUGGCUCAGAGCGUUACACUGACAGCAGCAGUGCACCCUCCGGAUCCAGGGACCCUUCAUGUUCCUCCAGUUCAGCCAGCUUGGCCUGGGCACUGCGAACACGGCACCAACCUGCCAGUCUGGCCCUCCGCAAGCAAGAGGAAGAGGAGAACAAGAGAUGCAAGGCCCUUUCAGACAGCUAUGAACUCUCAACAGAUCUGCAAGAUAAGAAGGUGGAGAUGCUGGAGAGAAAGUAUGGUGGCUCCUUUGUAAGUCGCAGAGCAGCUAGGACCAUUCAGACAGCCUUCAGACAGUAUCGCAUGAACAAGAACUUUGAGCGCCUCAGAAGCUCUGCUUCAGAGAGCCGCAUGACACGUCGCAUCAUCCUGUCCAACAUGAGACUGCAGUAUUCCUUUGAUGAGCGACAGCCUCCGCAGCAGGCCCAGACACAGACGAACUUCACCCACAGUGUGGCCAUAGGGCCUCCUCAUUCCCCUGACCCAGACCGCCCAGGAGACUACACCCACUUAGAGGACUCCUUCUCCAAACAGGUAAAGUCCUUAGCUGACUCCAUAGAUGAUGCCCUUACCUGCCGCGCGGGUCGCGAUGACUCCCAGGAGGGCAGCAGGGAGGGUGGAGGGAUUAGUGAAGACUUUGGGGAGUGCGUGUGGAGCAGCAGCAGCAAUCCCUCCUCCCAAAGAGGUUUGGGCGAACGAGCCAGGGGUGCUGGAGGAGGACUCAGUAUGCAUGGCGACAGUACCGCCACCUCAUACAGUGACGUCACACUUUACAUGGAUGAUGGCAUGCCGUCAUCCCCGCUGUCCCUGGAUCGGGCACCCAGCAGCACAGAUACAGAGUACUGGGGCCCUGGCGGUGGUGUUGGAGGGCGCGAGGACAGCAGGGACACUGAGGGAGGGGGCAGCAGUAACAGUCGGCGCAGCACCCCAUGUACAGAGUGCAGGGACUAUCGUCUAAGGGGCGCACAUCUGCCUCUUCUCACUAUUGAGCCGCCGAGUGACAGCUCAGUGGACAUGAGUGACCGCUCCGAUCGUGGCUCUCUGACCAGACAGCUGGUCUAUGAGCAGGAGCCAGGGGUAGGGGCUGGCUCCCCUCAGGGAACCCUGAAACACUCCCCCAACACAGGCACCCGCCCUACAUCCACAGCAGCUGCCCAGGGUCAAACCCGGGCGCCUGGCAGACCGAUACCCACACACAUCCCUCACCAGGUGGCUGCCCACCACCACCAUCACCACCACCCUAUCCACCACCAUCAGUACCCUGACACACCGUCGUCCUCCUCCUCCCCCCAGCAACCCCCCACCACCCCUCUGUCCUCGUCCUCCUCUACAGCUAUGCCCACCGGUGGUCUGGAGCAGCCGUGCUGCUCGGACGGAGACAACGACUCACUCAACUCCACAACCAACUCCAAUGAGACAGUAAAUUGCAGCUCUGGUUCGUCAUCUCAGGACAGCCUGCGGGAGCCUCUGCCACCUCUGGGAAAACAGACCUACCAGAGAGAAAGCCGCCACAGCUGGGACUCCCCGCCCUUCAACAGUGAUGUGGUGCAGAGACGCCAAUACCGCAUAGGCCUCAACCUCUUCAACAAGAAGCCAGAGAAAGGGAUCCAGUACCUGAUAGAGAGAGGUUUUGUAUCGGACACUCCAGUUGGGAUUGCUCGCUUCAUCCUGGAGAGGAAAGGCCUCAGCAGGCAGAUGAUUGGAGAGUUCCUGGGAAACCGACAGAAACAAUUCAACAAAGAUGUUUUAGACUGUGUGGUGGAUGAGAUGGACUUCUCAGGUAUGGACCUGGACGACGCUCUCAGGAAGUUCCAGGCUCAGAUUAAAGUUCAAGGAGAAGCCCAAAAAGUGGAGAGGCUCAUAGAGGCUUUUAGUCAGAGAUACUGUGUGUGCAAUCCGACUCUGGUUCGGCAGUUCCAGAACCCGGACACUAUCUUCAUCUUGGCCUUUGCCAUAAUCCUCCUCAACACAGAUAUGUACAGUCCCAACGUCAAAGCUGAGAGGAAGAUGAAACUAGAGGAUUUCAUCAAGAAUUUGAGAGGCGUUGACAAUGGUCAGGAUAUACCCAGGGACCUGCUGGUUGGGAUCUACCAGCGGAUUCAGAAAUGGGAGCUACGGACCAAUGAUGACCACGUGUCCCAAGUGCAGGCAGUGGAGAGAGUCAUUGUGGGCAAGAAGCCUGUGCUGUCCCUUCCCCAUCGUAGGCUGGUGUGUUGCUGCCAACUCUAUGAGGUUCCUGACCCUAACAGACCUCAGAGGACAGGAGUGCACCAACGAGAGGUCUUCCUCUUUAAUGACCUUCUGGUGGUGACCAAAAUCUUCCAGAAGAAGAAAACCUCAGUGACUUAUAGUUUCAGACAAUCUUUCCCUUUGGUUGAGAUGCAAGUACACAUGUUUCAGAACUCAUACUACCCUCAUGGUAUCCGCCUGACUUCAGCAGUCUUGGGUGGGGAGAGGAAGGUUCUUAUCAUCUUUAUGGCACCCAGUCAGCAAGACCGCACCCGCUUUGUUAGCGACCUCAGGGAGAGUAUUGCUGAAGUGCAAGAGAUGGAGAAAUAUAGAGUCGAGUCGGAGCUGGAGAAACAGAAAGGUGUGAUGCGGCCCAGCUUGCUCACUGGAGGUGUGGUUGGAGGAGGCGUAGGUGUGAAGAGCGAUGUUGUGAAUGGCACCCUGGGAAGGACAAGUUUUGAUGACAACUGCUCAGUGGGUGAGGGUCUCAAACGCACAGCGCUCAGCUCAUCUCUCAGGGACCUAUCGGACACAGGGAAGCGUGGUCGCAGGAACAGUGUUGGUUCUCUUGACAGUACCAUGGAAGGCUCCAUCAUUAGCAGCCCACAGCCUCACCAGCGCUAUCCAAUGCCAGGUGUGAUGCCUGGCUGCUAUGGAACAGAAGACUUCCGGCCUCACCGCCCCAUCCUGAGCCCCGGAUCGGGGGUGGGGGGUGGGCCGGGGCAGCAACAUACCACUGCUGGGACAGGAGUUGGGGGAGUCUCCAGCAGUGUAGAGAGACCAGGAGCGGGGAGCGGCCCUGGGGGGAGCAGCAGCAACAACAACAGCGGCUCCUUCCUGGGCUCCCUAUUCGGCAGCAAACGCGCCAAACCACCAGGGCCCCUUAUUCCACCGGGGCCACCAUUCCCCGCACCUGUCCCCCCACCGACUACGGGAGGGCCCCCACCUCACUCCCCUUCAUCCCUGUGCCAGUUGGACGGGGGACCUUCCAAGAUCCAGGCACUGCACGCACAGUACUGUCACGCGGCCACCGUGCAGCCCCCACCACCAUACUACCAUCACCAUCGUUACCACGUCCAAACUGUCCCUCCUCCUUUGCAAGGUAUGCCCCCUCAUACUAUACAGAGAGGCCCACUACCUUGUCGUCCACCGCUUGGCCCCCCACACGCCCAGCACCCGCAGCUGGCCCAUCUCUCCCAGCUCUCCCAGCAUGGGUUUCCGGGUCGUUACGCCAACAUGGUGGUGGGAUGUCCCCCCCCCCUUUCUCCUCUCUCCCAACAUUCCCAGAACCCACAGUUUGCCCUUUACCACGCGCAGCCCACACACUCUAUCAGAGGGGGCGGCGGCCCUGGUGCCAAACUACCACUAACCAUGUCUCACUCCCACCCGCACCCACAUGCACACUCCCAAACCCAUCCCGGACACGUGCACACACCACACCCAGCCAGCCACUCCACCCAUCAAACACACUUCAUAUUCGGCACUCUGCCCCACAAUCUACCAUCCGCCACCGUCAAUGCGCAUCACGCAGCCUCCGCCGCCCAGUAUCUGCCCCAGUACCCUCCUCUCUCUUCCAUCCCCCCUCCCCCACCACACUCCCCUUUACCCCCCCCUUCGUCCCCCCUUACCCCUCUUACACCUCUCUCCCCUCACCCCCCCCAGCACCCCGGGCAGCCUCAGCAGGGGCCGCAGGUGACAGGGGCUGGAGCGACAGGUACAGGGGGCAGCUCCAAAUCCAAGCCUAUCAACCGGAUAAGUACCGUGGUGUGAGCAGGAUGUGGGGCCCCAGGGGUCAGAGGUCUGAUUAUAAAGUGGAGGAGGUUGGUAGAGCUAGGGCUAGGACCAAGUCUGCCAGGACAGAAAGUAACAGCAGCAACGCUAGUGACAAGAGGAAACGCAGUUUGCUUCGCCUCUGUUA